AUGGGGAGGAUCAUUCCUCGUCUAUCCUCUCUUUCCCUUACCCCUAGUACGAGUGCGUCUGGGGCUCCAAAAAUCCUUCAAUCUCUCGGAGAUCGAGCAUUUUCCGGGAAAUCGGGGUCUGAUGGAGCCGGAGGAGACGACAACGGUUGGGAUAUCGCAACGGGAGGAUCGUUCGGUGGUACGGGAUCUGGUGAUCUCGAUUGGGAUAACAAAUCGAUGUGGUCGACUGGUUUGAGUAAGGAGCAUUACGACGGUGUCUCCGUUGGCCGUCAGAAGAACGCGAGUCCUUCUUCUUCUGAUGAUGAUCAUUCGGGUGACGUAAUGAGCAAACUGAGUCCGAGAGAAGCCGCUAUGGUUAACGAAAUGAAUGAGUAUGAUGAUAUGAUCAAAGAGAUUGAGCAAGAUAGCAAGCAUAGCAGGGCUUUUGUUGACGGGAUCAAGCAGAGGAUGAUGGAGAUGAGUGUGUUGCUGAAGCAAGUGAAGGAGCCUGGAGCUAGAGGGUCUUAUCUUAAGGACUCUGAGAAGACUGAGAUGUACAGAUUGCACAAAGAGAAUCCCGAGGUUUACACCGUCGAGAGGCUUGCUAAGGAUUACAGGAUCAUGAGGCAGCGUGUUCACGCCAUUCUUUUCCUUAAAGAAGACGAAGAAGAAGAGGAGAGAAAGCUUGGUCGUCCCUUGGAUGAUUCCGUUGAGCGUUUGCUUGAUGAGUACCCUGAGUUCUUUGUUUCGCAUGACCGGGAGUUUCAUGUGGCCUCACUCAAUUACAAGCCUGACUUCAAGGUGAUGCCAGAAGGGUGGGAUGGUACAAUCAAAGAUAUGGAUGAAGUCCAUUAUGAGAUCUCAAAGAAAGAAGAUGACUUGCUUUACGAAGAAUUUGUCCGAAGGUUUGAGUUCAACAAAAUGAAAUGGAGAGGAGAAGUGCAGUGCCACAAGUACAGCAGACGGCGUUCAUCAGAAGGAUGGAAAAUCACGGUUGAGAAACUGGGUGCCAAGGGCAAACGUGGAAAUGGAGGUGGCUGGAAAUUUGUGAGUCUUCCUGAUGGAUCGAGCCGGCCUCUCAACGAAGUCGAGAAGAUGUAUGUUAAGCGCGAGACACCGCGUCGCCGUCGUAGGAUCCUCCCUUGA